CACUUCCCCCAACGCCUUUCUCUCUCUCCACACCAUCGUCGUCUCUUUCCCCUCCUCCCUCCCUCCUCUCUAUUCCCCUGCUCCCUUCACCACCACCACUCCCCACCCACUUCCCACCCGUCCCCUCCCCCCGCAGUCCCGCCUCCCCCACGCAGCGCCACUCCCCAGGAGGAAAAAAUCCCUCGGAUUCCCGCCUCGGACCACGCGGCCCGCCCCGAUCGCCGGCGAGUUCCCCGACCCCGGCGUUUCUCAGGAUUCGGAGGUUUGGCGCCCGGAGGAGGAGCGGAGGAUCCGGCGCCCAUGUCGGGCCACCUCGAUCGCCUCGCGCGCCCAGUCUCAGGUUUUGAAGGUUGUUCAAGUCACGAUGACAGGAGAUCAUACGAGAGGAGAUCAGAUUUUGAAAUCUCCGAAGAUGAAAAGAAGACAAGAAUGGGCUCUUUGAAGAAGAAAGCUAUAGAUGCAUCGAGUAAGCUUAGGCAUUCCUUAAAAAAGAAGAACAGGAGGAAGAGUGGCAGUCGGGUUCUCUCUGUGUCUAUUGAAGAUGUGCGUGAUCUAGGGGAACUGGAAGAGGUAGAAGCAUUUAGACAGGCACUAAUUUUGGACGAAUUGUUGCCUACAAGGCAUGAUGACUAUCAUAUGCUGCUGAGAUUCUUAAAGGCAAGGAAAUUUGACAUUGAGAAAGCAAAGCAAAUGUGGACUGACAUGCUUCAAUGGAGGAAGGAAUAUGGUACUGAUACUAUUGUUGAGGAUUUUGAUUACACUGAGUUGGACACUGUUCUGGAAUACUAUCCUCAUGGUUAUCAUGGCGUUGACAAAGAGGGGAGACCUGUUUAUAUUGAAAGGCUUGGAAAGGUUGACCCUAACAAGCUUAUGAAUGUAACAACUAUGGACAGAUAUGUAAGGUACCAUGUGAAGGAAUUCGAGAGGAGCUUCUUGAUCAAAUUUCCAGCAUGCUCUCUUGCGGCUAAAAGACACAUCAAUUCGAGCACCACAAUUCUGGAUGUUCAGGGUGUGGGUUUGAAAAAUUUCAGCAAAACUGCACGUGAAUUGAUUAUGCGACUGCAGAAAGUUGACAACGAUAACUACCCUGAGACUUUACACCAAAUGUUUAUAGUCAAUGCUGGCCCGGGCUUUCGGAUGCUAUGGAGCACUGUGAAAUCUUUCCUCGACCCAAAAACCACUUCCAAGAUACAUGUAAGCAUUCGCACGGACCACACUUUGUUUUUUAUGCUAAAUUCACUUGAUUUACUAGGUGCUAUUGUGUUUUGUCAGGUACUUGGGAACAAGUGUCAAAGUAAACUGCUUGAAAUAAUUGAUGCUAGUGAAUUGCCAGAAUUUCUUGGUGGCACUUGCACCUGUCCUGAAUAUGGAGGGUGCCUCAAAGCUGAAAAAGGGCCAUGGAAGGACGCGAACAUACUGAAGAAAGUCCUUAAUGGCGAGGCCCAGUGUGCUCGGCAGAUUGUAACUGUUUCCAAUGGGACGGAAACUAUUAUUUCUUAUCCCAAGUCUAAGUACCAAACGGUACGUGGAAGUGAUACAUCAACUGCGGAGUCUGGAUCUGAAGCGGAAGAUGUAACUUCCCCCAAAGCUCUAAGAAGUUACAUCUCUCACCCUAAGUUGACCCCCGUUCGUGAAGAGGUCAAGAUGAUCAGGGCCACUAGCUUUUCUACCCGUAUGCCUGAAUAUGAUGUUCCUGUUGUUGACAAAGCAGUGGAUGCAACAUGGAAGAGAGAACUGCCUUGGAAGGUGCCUGUCCCGCCCAAAGACUCUUCUUUGGCUACCACCACAAAGGCAUCCAACAGGUCUUUGGAUCAGAUUAUUCCAGCUCUGAUGGCUUUUGUGAUUGCUAUUGUAACGCUGCUUCGGUCAGUUAAAGAUGUUGCCACGAAGAGAUUGGCAGAUAAAAAUGAGUCAGACGAACAAAGUUCUGCAGUAUAUCAAGACUGCAUUCCAAAAGAGGAGUUCCGGCCCCCGUCACCAGGUCCUGGGUUUGCUGAAUCUGACCUGUUCUCGUUAGUCUUGCAAAGGCUGGCAGAGCUUGAAGCGAAGGUUCAUGCGCUUGAAGAAAAACCUUCUGAAAUGCCUUGCGAGAAAGAAGAGCUGCUUAAUGCCGCUGUCCGCCGCGUGGAUGCACUAGAAGCCGAGCUCAUCGUAACAAAGAAGGCUCUGCACGAGGCUCUUAUCAGGCAGGAGGAACUCCUUGCUUACGUUGACAGGAAGACAAUUGCCAAGGCCCAGAAAAAGAAGAAGAAGCCGAUGUCUUGCUACUAGGACGGACGAGGAGAGAGACCCCCUUGGUUCAGUUUUCUUUUUUCUGAGAUGCCGGAGAUGGCGUUUGAGAUGAUGUAAACGGUUGAUCCGUUCGUUUUCCUGACAAAUGUGAAAAAGACAUACAUGGGUUUGUAAAUGGACAGAAAAUCCUAACAUAAAUAAAUGUGUUUUUGCGCUGAA